AUGUGGAUUCGAUUCACCAACUUUGACAUGAAGUAUUUUGAAAGCCUUGUGAACCUGCAAGACUUGAGUCUUGACAUUAGCGACAACAAACUGUGCUCAGACAAUGGAGAACAUUCAGUGGGUGGGUUGGCUUCACUCUCAGAAUUAUCAAAACUGGAGUCGCUUUCCAUGCUAUUCUAUGGCUGCUUUGAUUGCUGCUCAGAGCUCCCCUUUCUUGAUGAGCUGGGCUCACUGCCCAAAAUACGGCAGUUGGAAUUGGACAUUGGGGCUUCUCGCUUCUCUAAGCUUUCUUCGCUGGACAACCUUGCCAUCACACUCCUGAGAUUGAGAGGCUUGGAACGUCUGAAGGUUUGGGCUCAGAAUUGCUCAGAAUUGGCAGAUUCAUCCUUUCUGUCAUUUUGCAAGGUUCUAGAAGAAUGUGAAAACAAGUCUUGUCAGUUGGAUCUUGAAUUCAUGUUGCGUGACAAUCGUGAGGCAGCAACCUACAGAUCAGUCUUUCCAAGGUCUACCAGUAUAUACCCAUCCACUAAUGCAAGGAGAGGGGAAAGACGAGAACAUGAAGUGCCCAGGGAUUACCGAGGCACAAUUGCCGACCUGAUUGUGCAUGGACCCACGAUUGGCUGA